AUGGCGUCCUCGACCUCGACAGUAGCAGCACCAGCAUCAGCCCCAGCAGGCUUCGAGUUCCCGCGCGAGUACUACUUCCCGCCCUUCUUCACCCGGCAGACCAACCUCAACACCCACCACGCCCAGCUGGUCAAGUGGUCCUCCCUCGUCCUCUCGUACUGCCAGCACCACCGCAUCUUCAAGCUCCCCUUGAGCCCGAUCUCUACCUCGACCACCGCCGCCUCCUCCUCCCUGUCGAACGCCACGCCCACCUCCGGCAGCAACCCGAACGCCGCCGAGGACAUAUUCUUCAACAGGAGGCUCAACAGGCGGCUGGCGCUCGCGGACGUCAGGGAGGUGAUCGACUUCAUGAGGAAGGACGGGCGGGCCGAGUACGUCGGCGGCGAGGGGGGCGCCGCUGGGGCCGCGGGCGCGGGCGGUGAUGUCGUGUGGGUGUACUGGCGGACGCCCGAGGAGUGGGCGGCGCUGGUCGAGGGCUGGGUCGACGAGACGGCGCAGAAGGGGACGGUGCUGACGCUGUAUGAGCUCACCGAGGGCGAGGGGACGAGGGGCACCGAGUUCCAUGGCCUGGAUCAGGACUUGCUUCAAAAAGCCCUCAACGUACUGGUCAAGAGGGGAAAGGCACAGAUAUUCGGGCAAGAGGAUUCACAAGGUGUCAAGUUCUUCUGA